CUUAUUACGACGAGCAGGAUUUUAUUAUGUUUCACGAUUGCGCCGCCUACAGCUCGAUCAGUCGUUAUUGGGAGCAUUAGUCGAGAGGUGGCGGCGGGAGACACAGAGUUUCCAUUUGCGACACGGAGAGAUGAGUAUUACAUUGAUGGACGUCGCAGUUAUUACGGGACUCUCCGUCGAUGGUGGGGCUGUGACUAGAGGGGGAUCCUAUCAGUGGGCAGAGCUCUGCGGGUUACUUCUCGGGGUGGUUCCACAGGAUAUUAGGGGUGGUGAGAUCAAGAUAGAUUGGUUAUAUCAGCAGUUCCAUGAUAUCCCCUUAGAUGCACCUCCCGCUAUUGUUCGAGCUACAGCGAGAGCAUAUAUACUAUUUCAGAUAGGAUGUAGUUUGUUUCCAAAUCUAAGCGGGAAUAUGGUGCAUUUGAAAUGGUUGCCACAUCUAGUGGAUUUUGACCUUUGUUGUGGGUUGGCAUGGGGUGUAGCCGCGCUAGCUCAUCUUUAUCGCACCCUAGGAACUGCCUGCCUCAGGGGAAAGGUCGAGUGUUGUUGUUUUGGGACAUUAGCUCAGAUAUGGGCAUGGGACCACCUGCACAUUGGCCGCCCUGAGGUAGUAGGACCGCAGCCUGAGUUUGUCGACAUGCUUCUAAGGUGUCGGUGAAAUACCAGGCUGGCUUUUCGGGACAAUGUCAGGACUACUGACAUUGAGUUUUAUCGUGAUCAGCUGGAUCAGCAGUUAGAGUCUCAGAUUACAUGGAGACCUUAUGACGACACAGUUUUAGAGACGCUCCCACCUUUUUGUCUGGCGGGGUCCCAGGUUUGGCGAUCGAGGACUAUCUUAGUCUACUUCCACAUUAUUAAGCUCCAUCAUCCCGAUCGUGUGCUACGACAGUUUGGGCUAUUACAGCAUAUACCUGAAGCAGUGCUUGCCAUAUCUCGCAUCAAUUCACGAGGCAGAGCAGAUGAGGAUUGGGCGGCAUACCAUGCUUCAUACAUUCAGCGUUGGAAUGAUAAAUUGAUAGAAAUAGCAGAGGUGGCCCCAGAGACAGAUCCAGAUCCGAUACGAGCUACCACUGUUUACAUGCAGUGGUAUUGGAUGAUCACCAGGAGGUGGAUAUCUACACCUGUACAGCGGCAACCACUCGCGUAUCAGCCACGUG